AUGAACCAAAACCUGCAUGACAAAAAGCUCGUGUUUGUAAAGGAAACCGGCAACAAUAUUCCUCCUUCUCGUUGUACUUCCCCAUACAAACCCGGUGAGGCGGAAAGAGAAAAGGAUCACCCCCAAGUUCCCAACGCCCAACCUUCCAGAAUCACGAGGACGGUUUCCUUCUCUCAAGCUCAACAAUCCAACGAAUCCCGUCUGAUGAGUUCGGCCACUUGUCAGGGCAGCAGACAGGCACAAAACCGCACUUGCACCGGCUGUUCCCCAUCGUCACGCCUGCAACCCACAUCAACCCACGCGCACUUUACCGACUUGGUGCAAGUUUCUAGACGAUCCCCUCUAUCCAAAGAGCCGUCAACAAGCGGUUGUCGAUGUGCAAAAGCAGUCGCUCGACGAGUGUCCAACUUUGUUCUCGUUAUUCCAGCCGUCUACUCUGAAGGUAUCUACAAAAGUGCGAAGCUUUUGGGGAAAGCCACGGCUCAUCCAGCGCCUAUUUUGUGUUUCGUCCCGCAUACAGUACAAAGCAGAGCCUUACCCCAGCUGCCUGGAAGACAUGUAGUACCGAAUGGGGUUAUGGACGGCAAUCCCAGCCUGAAUGCAUUGCCUGGUGCCGAGGAUUAGCAUGUCAGCAGUCCUUGGGGCGGGUGGUGAUAUUUGUUGGGAAAACUGGAGGCGUAACGGAUUGUUUUGAUGAGUUGAGCCCUAUCCCCAAGCAAAAAUGGUUGGUGAUGCUUUAUUGUUGCCUUCCAGCUAGAGGCAG